AUGCCUGCAUUAUCUAACUCGCCAACUCCAUUGAUGCGCAUUCACUGUCCUUCGGACAUUGUUUCAAAAGAGUUUUAUGUGCCUUGGAUGAAUUCGAAUACUCAGACCAUAAGUACCAAUCCAUUUGCUUGCGCUACCCAAGAAUCAGUUCACUACUUUUGGCAGCUUACAAAAAAUAACACUUCACCUACACCUUCUGCAGUCCGUAUGCUUUGCCAUUCAUGUCCACUCAGUUCCAGCUCUUCUGAUUUCGCCAAGUCUGGAUGCGUUCCCAAUAUUGGCAAAGAAACGGUCGUCAACAAUGUCACCAUUCAAUCUGAGCGAUUAUUUGGAUGCAGUCAAGGAACUGUUAUGGGUCCAGCUCCUGUUGUCGAUGGCAAUCUUCAUUUAGAACCAACUCCCGGCACAUCUGUUUUAAUCCAAUCGCUUGUAUCCGACUGUCCUGAGACGAAUGAUCCUUCAUCUUCUUUAUACACUAUAGCCGCGCCCACCCUAAACGUCAGUUCAACCGAAAUUUCACGAAAAUCGACAGUUCGAUAUGCUUACUCCGUUUUUCGAGCUGACAAGUAUUCCUGCUCACCAUCCAUCUCGCUUCAUUCCGGUCAAGUCAAGGCAUACGUUUUUGGUGCACAAUUUUAUUCAGAUCAAGAUUGCAGUUUGCCUUUAUCCAGUGAUGAUAACAUUCUAGCACAAGCCUCGACUUGUGAACCCUCGACUCGAAUUGAAGCCCAAUGGGUCCUGUUUAAGGAUUCUGGUGAUGCAGCUCCGCCAUCCAAGACACCUCAGCUUGUACUACUGCUUUUUGCCAUGGCAGGUGUGGUGAUGAUUUGUUCAUACAUCGCAUAUGAGCGUCUUAACAAAUUCUACCCCGGGCUAUUUAAAAAACAAAAUGCAAAAGCCAAAACAGGUGCACAAAAUAAACAUAUCAACCGGCUGUUCUGUGGACCUAAGAGAGACUCGGAUUGUGAUUCCGUGGAUUCGCAUGGUACCGCUGUUUUACAGACUUGUCAAGAAAAGAAAUUCCGUCUGCCUUACAACGAAAUGAUGGGUGAUUUGGACAAUUCCGUUUCUGAUACAAAUUCAAUCAACGAUGAUGUUUUGUUUACAGCAAUCAAUUCUAAACCCCAUGAUUGUCAUCCAUCCUAUACCGAACAUCCUGGUGCGAAUAUGCCAAAUCAUGACUCCAAAUCUUAA